GAACAGCUGUAGGGCUACCAGGUGCCUUGCACCUGGCCGCAUCGAAGAAAUACUCCUGUGAGAGUCGCAUGCACCUUCGUAAUAUGCGAAGUUCCGUCAUGCGUGUUUGUGCUUGUACGAGCUCGUCCCAAGGAUCUGCCUUUCAGCUCGCUCUUGGCGCAGGAGAUGGAGCUGCCAACACAAGGCUGACGAUGGGCUGCAGCCGUGUGGCACUGCACACGACACGACAAAAGUCUGUUUCGUCGGCCCCGGCGCAGAGUCGAUGCGGAGAUUCGACGUCGCACAACUUCUGCGAAACAAAGGGCAGUCGAACAACCGCACUCUGCUCAGAGAAAUAAGCUUGCAGAAGCAUAGUUGUUUGGUCUAGCAGACUCUCACCUAAGGAAUAUGCCACGCAGCUACGUCUUGCUUUACCUUCAAGCUGACGGGAGCUUAUCCUUGGUAUUCGGCGCAACUUUUCUUGGGAGGAGCGCUAUGCUGGCACGGCAUUCGAAAACAUAGCCACGAAUUCUUGGAGGGCUGCCUCUAGGCGGCCCGUCAUCUCUGCAGUGAGAUUCUCACUUUCUCACGACAAGUCUUUUCUCCUCGCAGCCUUUCAACUCCAACCAGUCUUUUUGAGCUUGACUUGCGCAAUACGACUAAUACAAUUAAUAUGGCUGUAACUCCGAACAUGAGCUGUCCCAGCGGUGGGCAGUUCUAUGCAUGUGGCGAUGGCAGUAGAUUUGUAGGAUGUUGCGCGAGUAAUCCAUGUGCUGUUGGAUGCGCAGCAGGCAACCUCGUAACGACCAGCUUUGAUACAGCGCAAUAUGGAGCUAUUCCGGAUCAACAAUGUAGCACCGGCCAGUUCUUCACAUGCAACUUCACCAGCCCGCCUUUUUGGGGCUGCUGCACAUCACCGGCGUGUUCGUCGACCAACGGAUGUGCCUCUACUGCGUUAGCUGGGGCUUUCCUUACGACAAAUCCAACCUUAUCGGAACCUUUUCUGAGUCUGAACGAGACUUGGGAAGCCAGCAGUACAGAAAACACGGACCUGGCCCCGACCAGCGACAACGAUGAUUCCGGUGGAGGCGGAGGUACGAACACAGGUGCCAUAGCUGGAGGCGUGGUAGGCGGUAUCGUCGCUCUCGCCGCAAUUUUAUUCGGCCUUAUCUGGAUGCUACGUCGACGUAAAAGACGAGCUGCCGCCGCAGCUGUCUCUUCUGCGCCUGCGGAGGACGAGAGCAAGCCAGGAGUACCAGAAUUGUCGCAUGACGCCAGCACAGCAGUCGCGCUGAAACAACUACCGGGAAAUUGGCAGACAUCUCCCUCCAUACCUUCGUAUCACAACUCACCAGAAUUCCAGAACGGCGAGUGGUCACCCAGGCCGCCCAGCUAUUUCACUAAUGAUCCGAGAGCCAAGCCACAGCAUAUGUCGUAUGAACUACCAGGUAGCCAGGCUGGAGUGGAGAUGGAUGUACGUCGAGAGCAGGAUGGCAAACCGCCACCAUCGCCAGCAGCUUGAUCGAAGACCAGCAGUGGCAAGGCUGGCCGGGGUGCGGUGGUGCCAGGGCAAGUCGAACGGCGAGCUGCAAAGAGCGAAGAAUGAAAAUAGUG